AUGUCCCACCAACACACCCACGACGGCGUCCACUUCCACGCCUCCCACGACCACGCCGUCUCCUUCUCCGCAGCAGACCACGGCCACUCCCACGAGAUCCUCGACGGCCCCGGCUCCUACCACGGCCGCGAAAUGCCCAUCACCGAAGGCCGCAACUGGGCCGACCGCGCCUUCACAAUCGGCAUCGGCGGCCCCGUAGGAUCAGGCAAAACAGCCCUCAUGCUCUCCCUCUCCCGCCACCUCCGCUCCUCCUACUCCCUCGCGGCGGUAACAAACGACAUCUUCACCCGCGAAGACGCAGAGUUCCUCACCCGAAACAAAGCCCUCCCCGCCCCCCGCAUCCGCGCAAUCGAGACCGGCGGCUGCCCCCACGCCGCCGUCCGCGAGGACAUCUCGGCCAACCUCGCCGCCCUCGAGGACCUCCACGCCCAAUUCGACACCGACCUCCUCCUCAUCGAGUCCGGGGGCGACAACCUCGCCGCUAACUACUCCCGUGAACUCGCCGAUUACAUCAUUUACGUCAUCGACGUCAGCGGCGGCGACAAGAUCCCGCGCAAGGGAGGCCCGGGCAUCACACAGAGCGACUUGUUGGUCGUCAACAAGACCGAUCUCGCCGAGAUUGUCGGCGCGGAUUUGGAUGUCAUGGACAGGGACGCGAGGAAGAUGAGGGAGGGGGGGCCGACGGUCUUCGCGCAGGUCAAGAAGGGGGUCGGGGUGGAGCAUAUUGUUGACUUGAUCUUGAGUGCUUGGAGGGCGAGCGGGGCCGAGGAGCAGAGGAGGAGUGUUGGCGGCCCAAGGCCGACGCCUGGGUUGGAGGAAUUGGAGUAG